AUGUCAGCAUGUCUUGUUUUCGUCUUCGCUGGUUUACUUGAAUAUGCACUUGUUAAUGUUAUCGCUCGUAAAAAUGAAUUAAGACAACAAGUUCGUUUUUCCAGAGAAGUUAUUGGUAAUCGUCUUGCUCAAGUACAUUUCUAUAAAAAAGAUGAUACACAUCAUUCUAAUGCUGAAGCAACGGAAACACUUGCUCAUAAAGGAAGUGCUACCGAGAAAAAUUUAAAUAGUGGAAAUGCCACUAGUUCACUUAUUCAGAAUUCAUCAAUAUCCAAUACUACUGCACCUUCACCAACACCACAGGUUGUCUUGUCACCGCCAGCACCAGUACCGAAAACUGCUAAACCUGUUCGUGACAAUGCACAAUUAGUCGAUCUUGUCUCAGCUAUUCUUUUUCCUGUUGCCUUUAUUGUAUUUAAUAUUAUUUAUUGGUAA